AUGUCUGAGCAGACUUUCAAGAGGUUCGUCGAGGUCGGCCGCGUCGUCCUCGUCAACGACGGUCCCUCGGCUGGCAAGCUCGCGACCAUCGUCGAGAUCAUCGACCACAACCGCGCGCUCAUCGACGGCCCGUCGACCGGUGUCCCGCGCCAGCAGUUCACCUACCGCCGCCUCGUCUUGACCCCCUACGUCCUUAAGAAGCUCCCUCGCUCGGCCGGCACCUCGACCGUCAAGAAGGUCUGGGAUGCCUCCGAGGUCGAGGCCAAGUGGGAGAAGUCGGCGUGGUGCCAGAAGCGCAAGGCUCAGGAGAAGAGGCGCAACACGUCCGACUUUGAGAGGUUCGAGGUCAUGCUCCUCAAGAAGCAGAGGCGCCGUCUCGUGCAGGCUGCUGCCGCCAAGGCCAAGAAGUCGGCAUAA